AUGAGUAGAGGUUUUGGAGCUGCAGGCGUAGCACUGGCCGCUACCUGUGGUAUCCUUAUUUCAUAUUCGACGUUACGUCCUGAGCUCGAGAAGCAGCAGGCCGAGCGACAAGGAGACUUUCGCCAACAACAUCACGAUGUCAACGACAAAGCAUUGAGCCAAGCGAUUGCCAGUGACUUCAAGGAGGCUGGCGAGCAGUUGAAGCCUACGCCUACCAAAGGCUUUGCAUGGGGCAUUCGCGAAGCCAUCUUUGGGUCUCCCACCACUCAUCAAAAGGAGAGCACGUCCUCUCAGAGGGAGAGUACUGUGCAGAUACCUGCGCGAAGUCAGGAUGAAUUGAAGGAAAGCCCGCGAGAGGUGAUCGAGAAGGCGGAAAGUGCCAAACGUGAAGGCAGUUAA